UUUAGCGAUGGGGAGGAGAGGAAGGGCGACCGUUGUCGUGCUUGGCGAUUUUGGAAGGAGCCCCAGAAUGCAGUACCACGCCUUGUCUUUGUCGAGCCAGGCUGGCAUGGACGUGGAUGUCAUUGCUUUCGCAGGAGCUCAACCACACCGAGCUGUGCUAGAAGAUCCCAAGAUUUCUCUUUAUCUCAUGAGCGUGCCAAGCUUUCAAAGACUUCCGCGACUGUUCUAUCUACUGGCACUACCUUUUAAAAUCCUUCUUCAGCUAUUACACCUCUUGUGGCUUCUCCUUGUUAAAGUGCCAUCCUCGGACGUUGUUCUUGUCCAAAAUCCACCCUCAGUGCCAGUCCUGGCAGUGGUAAAGUGGACGUGUGUUAUAAGAAAGUCCUCGUUCGUAAUCGACUGGCACAACUUUGGCUAUACUUUAUUCGGUCUUAGAUUGAAUCCAAGCCAUAUUCUCGUCAAACUCUACUUCUGGUUUGAAAAGCGUUAUGGUAAAAUGGCCGACGGCCAUCUAUGCGUCACGAAAGCGAUGCAACACGAGCUUGCAGAGAACUGGGGGAUCAGGGCAACCGUUGUCUACGAUAGAUCACCCGAGUUUUUCCAACCCGCUACCUUGGAGGAAAAGCACGAGCUGUUUUUAAGGCUGGAUGGCUUGUUUAGGCAGCCACUGGGUGAAUGGGAUUGUUGUUCUGUAAGACCGGAGGAAGAUGAGAACGUUCGGUUAGCAUCCAGGCAGUAUGUUGCUGGUCGAAGCGAUUCGACUAAUGUUGCUAGCUCCUCCUGGACCCUCUUCACUUGUCGGAAGUCCGCAGUGGAGGACCCGAGAAAAGAAAUCCAGGAGGGCGACCAGUACUUCUAUCUGAAAGAAAGGCCAGCGCUUAUUGUGAGCAGUACUAGCUGGACUCCAGAUGAGGACUUUGAGAUACUGUUGGAGGCUGCUGUUAUGUAUGACCGGCGUGUGGCGGCAUCGCUGGGAGAGCACAUAGACAGUGCUUCGGGUGAUAGGCGACCCAUGAAGAAUUCUAGAUGCGUUUUCCCUCGUCUUCUCAUCGUUGUUACUGGCAAAGGUCCCCUGCGACAAGAGUACGAAGAAAGGAUAAGCAGGCUACGUUUACAUCAUGUUGCAUUUCGAACGAUGUGGCUCGCUGCUGAGGAUUAUCCUCGUUUGCUUGGAUCGGCUGAUCUCGGCGUUAGCUUGCAUACUUCCUCGUCCGGUCUUGAUUUGCCUAUGAAGGUUGUGGACAUGUUUGGAUGCGGAUUACCUGUGACGGCCGUUUCUUAUUCAUGUAUUGACGAGCUGGUCAAAGAUCACCAGAAUGGGCUGCUUUUUUCGUCUGCUUCAGAACUUGCAGACCAGUUUAUGGAUCUAUUUCAAGGUUUUCCAGACAACUGCGAACGCUUGAAGCACUUGAGAGACGGAGCCUUGGCAUCGGGUUCGUGUGCGAGAUGGGAUGACGAGUGGGAGAAGCAAGUUCUUCCGCUUAUUUCCAGAUAUUAGACUCGAGGCAAUGUACAUACACCCGAGAGACUGGUUUAACGAACUUUCGUUGGUAGAGCAGUGUUUUGAACCUCGGAAUUUAAUUGAACGAACAAGAUCUUGCAAGCU